AUGUUGACUAGUAACAUUUUACUGGCAGCGAUUUUAGUGAGAUUAGUCGAGUCAAACUUUCUUUUAGAAUCUAGAAUCGUAAAUGGCGAAAAUGUACCGAUAACAAAUUUUGCUCAUUCGGCGUUUCUGAUGGUUUCUGAGCCGAAAGGGAUAUUUGUAUGUGGGGCAUCAGUUGUCAAUCAGAAUAUACUUUUAACUGCUGCCCAUUGCAUUGAUACGUGUGGAAAGAGAUGCCCGGAUGCAUCAGUAUAUGCAGGAAAUGCUAACAAACGGUCUGGAUUUAAAAUGGAUGUUUUAGGAACUGUGAUCCACGAAAAUUACAGUUUUAAUAAAAUGAUUAACGACAUUGGCCUUAUUUUACUUAAAAAUCAGCUUUCACUGAACAAAUAUGUUAAGAGGGUUGCAUUGAUGAAAAAUCCUCCGGUUGGAAAGACAGCUUUGAUUGCUGGAUGGGGCUUAGUUGAUGAAAUACACCUUGUUCACACGGAUCAUUUACAUUAUAUCAAGCAACAUAUAUGGCCGUAUGAACAAUGUCGAAAAAUGAUAACAAAUUUGCCUAAAGGAACUUUAUGCGCAGGAGAUGUCGAAAACGAUAAAUAUGCUUCAGUG